UCAAAACCUAUAUUCAUCAAACUAUGACCUAACAUCUCUCUCUUCUCUCUCACUCUUGACCUCCAUUAAUACAACAUAUUAAUAUUCCAUCUCCUUCUCCUCCAAAUCUAAAUCCAAAUCUAAUUUUACAAACUCUUUUUACUUCUCUAUAUCCUCCAAUUUCUUGGAAAAUUAACUCUUUCUCUCAUUUUCAUCUAAAUCUUGAUUCUCCUCACUCCCAAACCCUAAAUCUCCCAAAGAUGUUGUAGUUAGCUAACAACACUCUCUUUGAACUUUCAAAACACAUUAAUUAAACAUAUUUUCCUUUAUUCAAGAUUUAACUUUCUAGUAUACCCCUUGUUAGAUCAAGAUUUAUAUGGAUCCUAAUUUUGGUGUCCCAAUAAAAGAAGAGUUUCCUAGAUCUAAUGAGCCUAGUAUGUGGAUUCCUCAACCAAUGGAGGGGCUUCAUGAGAAUGGACCUCCACCAUUUCUAACAAAGACUUAUGAAUUUGUGGAUGAUCAAAACACCAAUAAUGUUGUUUCUUGGAGUAUAGGUAAUAAUAGUUUCAUUGUUUGGGAUCCUCAAACUUUUGCCAUGAAUCUUCUUCCAAGGUACUUCAAGCAUAGCAAUUUCUCAAGCUUUGUCAGGCAGCUCAAUACUUAUGGAUUUAGGAAGGUUAAUCCAGACCAAUGGGAGUUUGCUCAUGAAGGUUUCUUGAGGGGGCAAAGGCAUCUCUUGAAAACAAUUAGAAGGAGAAAAACAAGUAAUUGCCAUCCUGGACAAGGUUCAAAUCAAGGUAUAGACUCUUAUAUUGAAUUGGGAAAGCUUGAGAUAGAUGGAGAAAUUGAUCGAUUAAGGCGCGAGAAGAAAGAUUUGAUGAUGGAAUUGGUGGAGCUUAAACAACAUCAACAAACUACAAAAUCACACAUCAAAUCAAUGGAAGAAAAGCUUAAGAGGACAGAAGCAAAGCAACAACAAAUGAUGAAUUUCUUGGCUAAAGCAAUGCAAAAUCCAAGGUUUUUGGAGCAAAUGAUGCAACAAAAGGAAAGAAGGAAGGAACUUGAAGAAGAAAUUAGGAAUAAGAGAAGGAGGCAAAUUGAUCAUCAUCAAGGUCCUAGUAAUAUUGUUGGAGAAUUAGACCAUAGUGUUAAUAAUAGUGAUGAAAAUUUCAAUAUAAAGAUGGAACCUCAUGAAUAUUAUUAUGGUGAAAUGAAUGGAUUUGAUGAUCUUGAAUUGGAGACAUCACUUGGUAUGAGCAUGCAAGGAGGACCAAGUGAGAACACAAUCAAUUUUGAAGAAGACUAUAAUAUUGAGAAUAAAUCUAUUGAUCAUGAAGGAUUUUGGGAGGGUUUGUUGAAUGAAAAUAUUGAAGAUGAGAUCAAUUUACUUGAAGGAGAAAAUGAGGAAGAUCAUGUGGAUGUUUUGGCUUAUCAGCUUGGAUUUUUGGGUUCUACACCAAAGUAAAAAAUAUCAUUUCA